AUGGAGCGCUCUCAUCUGAACAACAGCUCUGGCUCGUGGUUAUUCGAGGAUCCCGUCUGUCCAACCUCUCUCAGCAGCACCACUUUCCUCAUCGUCGCGUACAGCACCAUGCUAGCGGUGGGCCUGGUGGGCAACACCUGCCUGGUCUUAGUGAUCACCCGCCAGAAAGAGAUGCGCAACGUGACUAACAUCUUCAUCGUCAACCUCUCAUGCUCUGAUAUCCUCGUUUGCCUGGUGUGUUUGCCGGUCACCAUUAUCUACACCCUAAUGGACCGAUGGAUUUUGGGCGAAGCUUUGUGUAAGGUGACGCCAUUCGUCCAGUGUAUGUCCGUGACGGUUUCGAUUUUCUCCAUGGUUCUCAUCGCUUUGGAGAGACACCAGCUCAUCAUCCAUCCCACCGGUUGGAAACCAGUCGUCAGACACUCCUACCUGGCUGUAGCGGUUAUCUGGAUCAUAGCGUGUUUCAUCUCCCUCCCGUUCCUUUCCUUCAACAUCCUCACAAACUCGCCCUUCCACAACCUCAGUCUCCCCUUCAACCCCUUCAGCGAUCACUUCAUCUGCAUCGAGCAGUGGCCGUCUGAGGGCAAUCGGCUGACUUACACCACGACGCUCCUGCUGUGCCAGUACUGCUUACCGUUGGCGCUCAUUCUCGUCUGUUAUUUCCGCAUAUUCCUGCGUCUCAGCCGGCGUAAAGACAUGGUGGAAAGGGCUCGAGGUGGACGGCAGAAAAAGGCCAAAGGCUCAAAGCGAGUCAACGCCAUGCUAGCCUCGAUCGUAGCAGCGUUCGCCCUGUGUUGGCUUCCGUUGAAUGUUUUCAACACUAUUUUCGACUGGAACCACGAGGCAAUUCCCGUAUGCCAGCAUAAUGCUAUUUUCUCGGCUUGUCACCUCACCGCCAUGGCGUCGACAUGUGUCAAUCCGGUGAUCUAUGGAUUCCUGAACAAUAACUUCCAGAAGGAGCUGAAGCUGCUGCUUUCCAGAUGCCGUUGCUGGGGGCCGCCGGAGAGUUACGAGAGUUUCCCGUUGUCCACGGUCAGUACGGGCAUUACCAAGGGCUCCAUCCUGAGCAAUGGCUCCACUAGCACCUAUCAACCACAAAAGAAGAACAGUUUGGAACAGAAAGAGACCAUUUAAACGUGUCCAAUGUACUACAAGACACAUUUUAUGCUUCUUCGAGCACUCGGAGGUGGCCUGAGAAUACGGCCAGCC